AUUGUUGUGAUAAACUUAUUAAAUAGAUAUUGUUACUUGCCUAUGUAAGCUUAUUUGGCGUUAAUGGAAUUAGGCGGCGAUGCUGAUACUUCAACUAGUGGAAAAGAUCUAAUUUUAGGAGUGCUCAAAUCUAGCAGCGUGACAGCCGAGUACCCUGUAGUUGCACCAUCUAAAUGGCUCUCUGCAACUCGUGAUGGAAGCAAGGAACAGUCCGCCGAAGAGCAAACAAAGCAUAUCUGCUACUUGUACCACGCCUCCAAACUGACCAGACGCAGACAGAAAAGCAGGUUCUCCUACUCAGACAAUGCGUCGCCAGAGGACGAUGAUAACCUCUCUUCUCUGGCAACUAGGACUCUGCUGUUGGAACUUCUCGACAACGAGGUCGUCACAUUGAAUGUGUCUGUGGAUGUUCAGAGAGUGACUGGGUUUCUGAUGAAGGUGUCAGACUCUCUCGAAGACGACAACCAGUUGAACAGAAGAAUAGACGAGCUGAAAGUGGAUUCGCUGGAGGAUGCAUUCGCUGCAAUCAAGAAGGUCUGGUCCACUGUGUUCAGAGGCUAUCAAGCGGAGGGAGGCAGCGGUGGGAUCUCCUGGCACCUUAUUUGUACAUUCCUCUACUGCUCCUACAGGAUUGUUUGCAAGGUAAAAUUAUCAUCACUAGCCAUGUCUGGAGGAGGAGGGGUGUUUGCAUUGAAAGUAGGCAAAGUGCCCUCUCCAAUUAUGAAAGCUGAAUGGAGCGAAAACACUUAA